CACACCCUGGCACACGCGUGCUGGCACACAUGCCAAUGCAUUUUUCAUGGUGACGCUUCAACACGGUAUGGCAUGCAUUUUGGCGGGGAUGAAAAAUGCGUCGGCGCUCGUGUGGUAGCACGUGGAAGGGUAGCUGUGAAGGUUGGGUCGAUGUUGUGUGCAUCCACAAAACCUGCGGAUGCAUUUUUUUGGGUCUGUAGAAUGCAUCAGCCAAAGCUGCUUUUGCCACGUGCAUUUUUGGUGGUUUGGAAACGCCUUAGAAUUCGUGUUUGGGAACGCAUCCGAAUGGUUGUCGUUGUGCAUAGGGAUUAGGGUCCUUGAAGGCCGCGUUGCAAAACUGUAUGCUGGCACGCAGCGUUGCGCGUGCUGCUUGCUGAAGCUGCUAAGGCCCUGAGAACUGUCAUGUGAGGAGCUGGAAGAGCUUGGAACUUCUGGCAGAUGGUUGAUUGUUCCUGCGUCAGGUACCUUUUUGCAACUCGACCAAGCUUGCUUGAAAACAUGUGGGACACUUUCCAACUUCAAAUUCAGCAAUCUGCCCAGCCAGUACAGUUCCUGGUUUUCAACGCUUCUCUGGGAGGUGCGAUUCCUCAGGGAGCUGCGGUGACGUGACCACCGCAUCGCAGAAAGACAAAUCGCCUACCGAAGUUCCAUGCCGUACGAUCGGGGGGCGGGUGGAGCCAAGACAAGGAGUGGCAAUGAGGCUAAAGAGGCCCUGAGACAUGUCAUGUAUGGAUGUCCAUCGACUCUGAUAGUUUCUUUGGCCAAAAAUCCAUGCUGAGCUGGACAAUGACAAGACCUGGCAGUUGGUUCCUCACACCCUCAAUCCUCCUCCUAGCGGAGGAAUGAAGUAGCUGAAUGUCUUGUAUACUUCACAUGAUGCUUCAAAGCAGUGAGUUGACGCUUGUCUGGUAUCUAGAAGAGCUUGCAAUGAAUUUUAGCAGAAGCUGGUUUGUUUCGGAAGUAGGGAAACAUUGCACCCAAAGCACGCAAUGCGUUUUCUCUUUGAGGACCAGACCUGUUUGAAGGAGCUUUGCUGCUCUUGUGAGCCAAAGGAGUAAAGAAAGAGAAAGAGGUCACGAUGGUCACUAGGAGCAAGCUGAACCCAAUCUCCUGACUUUGGUCAUUUGCGUAAGAGGCCAGUCAUUGGACAGUCAUUGUGCAAGCCCAAAAGUGGGCAGUCUAAACUACCGGCCUCUUUGUUGAUUUAAAAACGGCCCACCGGAUGUGACUCUGUAAUGCCUGCGUACUGUGGAUCUGUGGUCGCGAAGGGUAUCAGGCAGCAUGAGCGUAGACUGAGUAGACUGAGCAAUUACUAGCUACUCGGCUUCUCAGCAGAUUUAGAUGCAACCUGCAGACAUUGACUAGCAUUGACUGACACAGCGUUGAGGCUUCUUCCCUGCCAUCAGGCCCUCACAAAAAUACAUUUUGCCAUCGACUUUUGGUUCACAUCUGGAGGACCAUUCUGGAAGGAUACAACCUGCACCAAAAACCACUAGGAAGGAAUCCCCUCUCCCCUACAAUUCCCCCAAAAGGAGUCCCGUUUUCGAGUUUGGUAGUCCGGUCCAAAGAAGUGUGACACUCGCCGGGCCCUCUCGCUGCUCGCCACCGCCUUCUCACUAGUGCUUUGUCUUCGAUCUUCAGAGCGCAGGUUGGCUGGGACAAGGCAGACAAGAACAGCAAAGUGCAUUGACGACCAGCCCACUUAGCAAGAUCCAGCGCACUUAGCCCACUCCGCUUUUCUUUCAAUGUCACCAACACCUCAUUUCCUCCACAAUCCUGUACCCUACUAAGUUGCUUGGCAGAGGUCCAGACCGGCACAUUUUUGACAAUGGUGACCAUGGGGUCAGUGAAGAAGGUGAACACAUCCUGGCAGAGUUUUGUGUUCUUCUUCCAGGUGUUUGCCAGGGAGCUGCAGUGACAUGACCACCACAUUGCAGAUUUAAAUCGCCUACCGAAUUCUCAUGCCAUACGAUCGGGGGGCGGGUGGAGCCAAAACAAGGAGUGGCACUGAGGCUAAAGAGGCCCUGAGACAUGUCAUGUAAGGAUGUCCAUCAACUCAUUGGCCAAAAAUCCAUGCUGAGCUGGAUCAGACCUGGCAGUUGGUUCCUCACACCCUGAGUCAUCCUCCUGCUUGUAUACUUCACAUGAUGCUUCAAAGCAGUGAGUUGAAGCUUGUCUGGUAUAUAGAAGAGCUUGUGCAGUGAAAUCAGCAGAAGCUGAUUUGUUUCCGAAGUCUUUGAGGACCAGACCUGUUCCGGCCUCUUUGUUGAUUUGAAAACGGCCCACCGGAUGUGACUCUGUAAUGCCUGCGUACUGUGGUACUGUGGUCGCGAAGGGUAUCAAACACCAUUAGUGUAGACUGAGCAAUUACUAGCUUCGAGGCUUCUCAGCAGAUUUAGAUGCAACCUGCAGACAUUGACUAGCAUUGAUUGACACAGCGUUGAGGCUUCUUUGCCCCGCCAUCAACCCCUCUUCGAAGCAUACAAUUGCACAAAAACCACUAGGAAGGAAUCCCCUCUCCCUACAAUCCCGGAGUCUUCAGUUUUCGAGUUUGCUAGUCCGGUCCAAAGAAGUGUGACGCUCGCCGGGCCCUCCUGCUGCUCGCCAGCGCCUUCUCACUAGUGCUUUGUCUUCGAUCUUCAGAGCGCAGGUUGGUUGGGACAAGGCAGACAAGAACAGCAAAACGGGCCUGCCAGUUGGGGCCCAUUUUGCCACCCAGGUGCCAUUUGGGGCCCAGGUGUAAACCUUUGUGCCACGAGGUAGCAAAGGCAUCAGGUUUUGUAUUUUUUGCGAGGUGAAAGGCUUCAGUGAAAGGUGAUGCAUAGUAGCCUCGCAAGAUGAUAGGCAUCCAGUUGGUUGGACCUGAUCUCAAAGGCCAACUAGAUACUGAGCUGGUUUUUGGGAGACAGCUGGCUGUCUCAGUGACUGGAGGUACUCGUGUGUGACGAUAGAUGGAUCUUUGCGCCACUUGAAAUGCAACAGUUUUGUACAGAUCCGUGGAUGAGAGAAGUUCCCCAAAGCGUCAAACAAUGCCCCAAGAUUGGAGCGAGUACGGCCACUCUAAAGCGUCCAUGGGUCUUAGGAAUCACGCUACUCAGAUCCUCGCGAUGACCCGCAGAUGCCUGCAGAAUUGCAGAAGUUUGUCGGUGUAAAGAGAUGUAACUGCGCAAUGCUACAUCUGGCGUAAAAAGGGUCUCACAGGCAGAAUAACCCAACUUGUCAACUCCAGCUGAAGCAAAACCUGUAUGUGGGGAAGCUUGGUGAGGCCCCCGCGGAAGUAGAUAACCAAACUAAUGAUUUUAGCUUUUUUCAAUGCUUUGCAGGAUCAACCAAUUCAAUAGAAUCAACCAUUCUAAUAGAUUCUAGAUUGACUCUGGUAGAAUCUGGAAGUAUUCAAAAACGACCGAGUUCCCAUUGCAAAUCCGCCAUUUUCCAGAUUGGCCGCGAAUUCCGUGAGGAGUGCUGGCAGUUCGGUGUCUCCAGUGUGAAGGACGUCCACUGAGAUUGACUCCAGGUGCCGAAGCCGCCUGCCACACGUUCCACGUCGGUGCCGGAAUGCACGGUCGGUUCUACACGGAGCAGUGCUGGGAGAUUUGCAUGCCUUUGGACAAGUGCAGACUUGGUGCGAGACUUGCUGCAAGCGAUCUUUCAUUUAGCUCCUCAGACGAUGGCUUCGCCAAGCUCUUGUCAAUCCUAGCCUUCUUUGCUUCAGUUGAGACUCGUGUAACUGUACGACUCAUCCCCAACAUCCCCGACCCAGACCGAUCUCCUUCGUCGUCCGCUCCGUGGCUUUCUGGUGAUGGAAUUUCUGGUUGCGAGAUCGCGGCACUCUGUGGGAAUGGCCCCCCUGGUGGCAGCAAGCGAUGUGGACAAAUAACUCCCAGAGGUGUGGACAUUUGGUCGAUAGACCAUGAGUCCAUGAGGUCAUAGACACUUGCACGACGUUGGAGUUGUGUGUGGACAGGGAGGUUUGAACCUUUUCUGUUUGGGAGGCUCCUAUGAAUAUUCUGAGACAAACCAAUGAAUCUGGAACAUCAGUCACAAGGCCAGUGUUUGUAAAAAGGUCAAUGUGCUCUGCUUGGAGUUGAAGUGGGAAGCCGGCUGAUGACGACCGUAAAACUUUCAGAAAAAUGUUGCACCUUGGAAGUGGGACAAGUGGAAGGCCAGGGGCAAGCCCAGAGGUUGCAGUGAUGGAGAUGCUUGGGCUUGUUUGCCUCUUGAGCUGCAGUAUCAGAGGGGCAGGUAGACAAAGGCUGCAGACUCUGCAGACUUACAGUAUGUUUUGUGGCCACGGCUGGUCUGCGAGCGCUCGGUGAGACCAAAGAGGUCACAGCGGCCUCAAUCUUUGUUGUAAUUAGCGGUUCUUCUUCAGACUGCGUGAGUGCAAGUUUGGCUCACCUUCGAGUGGAGGUUAGCUGUUCUUGUUCAGACCUCGUGUAUCCUUCAUGUGGCUCUGAUCCCAGUGUUUUAGGAUGUUUUAGAUCCUCCUGGACUGAGCUUCCCACUCGUGGCGUGUCUGAGAUGAGGAAGAGCUGUAACUCGUGGUGUGGGUUGGCCCGGUUUGCCGAGUGAUCUCGUCUGGACAAGCUCACACAUUUCUGUUCAGCGUUGCAAGUCACACGCAAUCUGGACGCUGAAGUUGUGACCCCCCAUUUCAGAUUUGAGAUGAUUUGAGCAUUGAAAGCAAGACCAAAAUUGCUUGGUGAUCUCCGCAAAGUCGUUUUUUUGACUGGGCGGCGAAAAGCCAUGCCACAUUUGGAAGCCCAAAAGCGCCAGCUGGCUGCUACAUCUUCAAUCAUGCCAGGAACAAGCCUUUGGGCCCAAACUAAGAUGCACAUCAUCCACUGCUAGCAGGCUUCGGCCACCCCCGACCAAGGGUCAGGUGUUGUCAGCCGUAGGGGUGUGGCAGUUUCGGUGCGUUGUCCGCUGCGCCUGUGGGAGCCGAGAAUCAAUCAGCAGCGCAAGUUCAGGGUCAAUGUCUUGCAGGUGAAGCAUUGAAGAGAUAGCUCAUGCCAUGUGGCGAGCUUUCCGAACUGGAAGAUUCGGAAGGGCAGCUCCCGGUGCGCGUGGUGUGAAAGUUGAUGGUGAACUUCUCGUAUUGGACGACCAAGUGGUGGAGUGAUCCAAGGAUUAGAUGUGUAAUGAUGUGUAUGGGAAUGUCUCAGCGACAAAGUUUCUUUUUUCCUUCCUAUCUCAGAGGAUUCCCGUCAUUUUAAACAGAAGCGGCUGUGACCAAGUCGCAGAACCGGCGGCGUUGGGCUUCCACAUAGCGUGAAGAGACGAUACACAGUUUGGCUGCUAGUCCUGGGAAGAAGACCGCUGUUGUGCUCCGAGUGCAGCCGCACUUGAAGGCUCUGGGCACCCAGCGCAACCCAGGGUAGAAAUAUGUUACGAUCUGUAUUGUUCAUGUGACACUUCUCUCUUACCCCUACCUGCUGAACUCCUGGCCAGCGAAGUUCGGCUCCAUCCCUGUUGCACAGACAGGAGCUGAAGGCUUUAAACAAGCAGACAUAUCCUUGGACAAGCCAAAAGUUGAACGUGUUUGGAUUGACGCGCCCAACUUUGCAGUUAGGCAUUUGCCGUGUUAUUCUUCCAUGCUGAUCUCGUCUCACACAUGUCGCAAGCAGUUCCAAUACUCUUCUCUUACAGUAUCGCGAUGUAGAGUGACCUUUUCAGAAGAUUCUUAUUGUUUGUCUUUUGUUUGCGAGGUUAAUUGUGAAUCAAUUUCUCGCUGUAAUGCCAAGGAUGCGGGCCAGGAAGGAACCCCUGAUGAAUUUGCCCAGCUUUUGUUUCCACAACAUGCUUGCAGUAAGAAAGCAGAGCCUUAAGGUUGGUAGCGGUGGGCCGCAUCAUUUUCUGACAGUUCCUUGGAAUGUUUUUGUGCUUUGCUAAGAAAUGCUGCGGAAGUAGUGGCCUGGCAACAGCUCGAUUAUUUGACAGCUUGGCUGCCACUCCUGGGAAGAAGACCGCUGUUGUGCUCCGAGUGUAGCUGCGCUUGAAGGCUCAUGGCGCCCAGCGCAACCCAGCGUAGACAUGUGGUGCGAUCUGUAUUGUUCAUGUGAAACUUGUCUCUUAACCCUACUUGCUGAACUCCUGGCCAGCGAAGUUCGUCUUCAUCCCUGUUGCACAAAGAGGAGCUGAAGGCGUUAAACAACCGCAUAUCCCGUACUCUUGGAUAAACCAAAAGUUGAAGGGCUUUGGAUUGACAUGCGCAAUUUUUGCAAUUGGGCAUAUCUCCCUGUGUUAUUCUUCCACAUGUUGCAGGCAGUUGCCACAGGCUCUGGACAAAUCCUUCGGACUCCUCUGGACGGCAACUGGGCUUUAAAGCAGCACAGAGUUGGAGGAGGAACUUGAGAAACACCAGCUCUUGCACUGCCCUGUCAGCCUUCCGCUGGCCUUCCAACAGACCAACCAUGGUG